AUGGCCCCAAGCAGCUCUUCCGUCAGCGAAAAGGGUCUCGGCUUGAAGGCUCCCAACUCGAGCCUCAACAGCGAUGCCGUCCCUGCUGCUACUGCUACUGCUGCCGCCGCUCCCAGCCUCGGUCGCACCGAAUGGCUUCAAAUUUUGAGCACAUUCAUUGUGUUUACGAAUACCUGGGGGUUCCUACUCACCUCGGGCGUCCUGCAGGCGCAUUACGAGCUCGUGCUCCUCAGGGACCAGUCGAGCUCCAACAUCUCAUGGAUUUCCACCACCUGCGCCUUCCUGGUUCUGUCCGCCGGCAUCGUGACGGGGCCGCUCUACGACCGCGGGUUCUACAGGCUGCUGCUCCUGGCGGGCAGCGUCCUGCAGGUGUUCGGCCUCAUGAUGCUCAGCAUUUCCACCCGGUACUAUCAGUUGUUCUUAUCCCACGGCAUCUGCAUCGGAAUCGGCGCCGGUGUCGCCUUCACCCCCAGCGUCUCGGCGGCGGCGCGGAGCCUGCCCCACCCUGCUACCCGCGCCAAGGCUAUGGGCCUGAUGGCCUCCGGUAGCUGCAUUGGAGGCAUCGUCUUCCCCCUCGCCCUCCGCGCUCUCAUCCCCGAGGUUGGCUUCCCCUGGGCCAUCCGCAUCAUCGCCUUUAUAGUCCUCGGGCUGUACUUCCUGUCAUACCUGGUGCUGCUCCAGAGCAGCGCCCAGGUGCAGGCCGGCUCCUUUGUCCGUGCCUUUUUCGACGUCUCCUCGCUUACCGACGCGCCAUUCAUGAUGCUGUGCGUCGCGUCGCUCUUCAGCGCCACGGCCUUUUACAUCCCGCUGCUGUACCUGCCGCUGCUCACGGCGAUCCGCGUCCCGUCAAUCAGCCCCGACUUGAGCCUCGACCUCCUCGCCAUCCUGAACGGAGCGUCCGCCGUCGGGCGGCUCCUGGCGGGUCUAAUCGCCGCCGUGUGCGGCUCCACAGAGACCGUCGCCGUGUCGCUGGUGGCCGGGUCCGUGCUCCUCUUCUGCUGGAUGGCCGUCGACACCCUCGCCGGCACCCUGGCCUGGGUGGUCUUCUGGGGCAUGGUGUCGGGCAUCCUGGUGACGCUACCCGGCGCUUUUAUCCCUUUUUUCUGCCCGUCCAUAGCCGUCAUCGGUACCCGCUCCGGCUUCUACUGGGCGUGGGUUGGCCUCGGCAUGCUGAUCGGGAGUCCCAUCGGAGGCGCCAUCUACCCCCUCCAGUCAUCAGGUGGCGGAUACUGGCACUUGCAAGUCUUUGCCGGCGUCUUCAUGAUGGGCGCCGCCGUACUCACAGUUUACCCAAUCGUUCACCUGCGACACAGGAACCGCAGAGCUGCUGCGAGCUAA